AUGAGGUCGAGCAACCAUCUGAUUGGUAUGUUAAACUUCCUGACGUUCCUUCUAUCAAUUCCAAUUCUCGGUGGCGGAAUAUGGCUGAGCACGCGAGCCAACAACACCGAUUGCAUGAGCUUCCUUCAGUGGCCAUUAAUAGUCAUCGGAGUCGCAAUCAUGGUGGUCUCACUCGCUGGAUUCGCCGGCGCGUGUUACCGGAAUACUUUUGUAAUGUACCUUUACCUCUGGGCGAUGUUCGUCAUCAUCGCUCUGCUUAUCGGGUUUGUGAUAUUCGCCUAUGUGGUAACCGACAAAGGAUCGGGCCGACCCGUAUUAAACCGGGAAUACGAGGACUAUUACCUACCGGACUAUUCGGGUUGGCUUAAGGAUCGGGUUGCAAGUGAUAGCUAUUGGCGGAAAAUCAGUUCCUGUAUCCGUGAUUCGAAUGCGUGUGCAAAAACGGGUCGGGUUGUUGGUGGGUUUCCGGAGUCUGCUGAUAUGUAUUACCAGCGAAAGCUCAAUCCAAUCGAGUCGGGAUGUUGUAAGCCACCAACAGAAUGUGGGUACGUGUAUGUGAACGAGACAACAUGGAACCCGGUUAACUCAGCGUUAGCAACAAACAAUCGUGACUGCAUGAGGUGGAGUAACGACCAAGAACAGUUAUGCUACGGGUGUAACUCGUUGAUUGCAUAUGUUGUUGCUUGUGCGGCUUUUAGGAACAACAAGAGGAUGGAUAAUGAUGAGCCCUAUGGAGAAACCCGAAUGGAGAAGUCGCGACCUAGUUGGAUACAAUUUUAG